CCACCGCUUUCACACGUUGUUAUGGCAACACCUCCUGUGCCGCCCGGAGGAAACACAGCAGCUGCCAUUAGUCCGAGUUAAUUAACGUGUCACUCAGUUUAAACAGACUAGAAUAACACCGGUGGCGUCGCACUCAUGGCCCAUUAUAGAGCCUCAGAAUCUAAGCGAGAACAGUUUAGAAGAUACCUAGAGAAGUCUGGGGUCCUGGACACUAUAACAAGCGUUUUAGUGGCGCUUUAUGAGGAGACUGAAAAACCCAACAAUGCAUUGGAUUUCAUAAAGCUUCACCUCGGGGCGUCAGGAUCAGAGCCGGCGGACGGUGAAGCUUUGCGUUUGGAGCUCGCUGAUCUACAGCAGAAGUUCAACCUGCUCAUGGAGGAGAACAAAGAGCUGAAGAACAGGCUGAUGCAGUACGAACCGUCGCCAGACGAUGGAGCAGCGGAGUAGAGAAGUUUUGUUGCUGCUUUUUGGGUAAAUAAAAGCUGAAAAAAGAAAAAAACCAUUUAACACUGGCAUUUUUUGUAGAGUUUGUAAAUGUUUAUUACACAAUAAUGUUUGUACAGUGAACACAAAAUCACUGUUAGAUUUUGUUAUGUAUAUCAAGAAGAAACUUUUGUUUUCUCAUAAAUAAAAAUGUUUUCACAGCA